AUGGCUUCAGGCCCCUCCUCGAUCGCACUGAGGGUGGUUGGAAACCACGCCAAACCUCGACACGUCUCCCGGAUUCUUCUUGGAAACCCAACAGCAUUUCCCCUUGGACAUGCGAAUGCAAGCCAGUCGACCCGCACAAUCUCAGCCUCGCGAACGACUCCCGCCGCAGUCGCAACAGCCCAGCAGCACAUCAGCACGCCAAAGGAUCCACCCAACUUCUCGCCGGAAUUCACCUACGGCGCGUACCAAUCCACGGGCACCAGGCCCGUCAAGCGCAUCCGGUACCCAAAGUUCCAGUCGUUGGAGAGCGAGCGGGCUUUCCGCAAACUUCACCACGCCGCGGCGCUGCGGUGGUUGGGGUACCAGGGUUACAACAACGAGGGCGCGGGCGGACACGUCACGGUGCGCGACCCGGUCCUCCCGGACCACUUCUGGAUCAACCCGCACGGCAAGUCGUUCUCGUGGAUGACGCCCGACGACCUGGUCUUGAUGAACCCCAAGGGAGAGGUCGUCGAGGGUGGGAACAUGCACAGCGUCAACCCCGCCGGGUGGGUCAUUCACAGUGCGGUGCACGAGGCCAGGCCCGACGUCGUCGCCGCCGUGCACUGCCACAGUGUGCCGAGCAAGGCAUUUUCGGCCCUGGGGUGUUAUUUGGAGCCUAUUAACCAGGACGCGUGCCGGUUCUACAGAGACCACGGCAUCUACUCUGGCUUUGGCGGGAUCGCCCUGAAAGCAGACGAGGGCCACCACAUCGCCGCGGCGCUGGGCAACACCAAGGGCGUGAUCCUCCAAAACCACGGGCACCUAACGGUGGGCAAGACGGUCGACGGGGCCGCCUUCCUCUUCGGCGCCAUGGACCGCUGCAUCCAGGCCCAGCUGCUCGCCGACGCCGCAUGUGCGGGCCGCGGCACCACUACCAUCAAGGUCGCCCACGAAGAGGCAGAGUACUCGCGCAACGUGUACAAUGAUGAGAUGGUGUAUAUCAUGUUUCAGUCUGCGUGA